CCCAGCCACCGGUUUGGCUACCAACCUGUCGCCACUUUGAACAUCCAAACAAAUCUUGGGAACAGUCAAACCAUCAACCUACACCUACUCAACUCAUCUUCCUGGGUAACGAUCGAUCGCAAGGAAUGCCGCCCGUGUGAAAUAUCCAGGUUUACUGUUCGGCUGAAGCAACGAAUCAAACAACCGGAUCUAACUUAACUCUGAGGGUAAGCAAUACUGGGUUCAAGAUCGUCGGGUUCUUUUGUUCCUUGAGUAGCCUUGCCUACCGCCUCAAGCCUUAUUUAGCAUAUAUUUAUUGUUGGCAGUUCCCCCACUCACACCCAAGACAUUUUGAUGCAAUCCGAAUUUUCCGGUUACUUGCUCAAUUUAUCGCGCUCAGUUUGGGCUGAGCGCUAGAUCCCUGAUUGCGUUGGUCUUUUCCAGGAUGUUGCGAAUCAAUCAUCAAAGUCUGACCACCUCCAUAUGUCUUUUUCUCAGCUGCCUACCUCUACCUCUCCUACAAGUUCCGGGCUCGAGAACGAUGCUUCACAUCAAGGGAUGACUACAAACUUUCUCGUAACCGCCACAAGUACUAAAUAAAAUCACAGACAGAGGGACUUCCUCACCGUCGAUAUACUUUGGACUUUUUUUCGGAAGCACAUAAAAGCAACUUCUUGUGAUUACGACCCAGGCCAUCAAAAUGGAUAUGAGCCACGAUCAUGGAGGUAUGAGCAUGGGAGGGACGACUGGAGGUUUCCAGAUGGUCAACAAGGGAUUGGCAGAGGUAUACUGGUACCUGAUCGCCGGCUUCAUCGGGGCGUUGAUCUUGAUCAGGGUCGCAAACUAUGUCGACCUUAGGACCAGGUUAAAGGCUUGUUCCCAAAACUUGCGGCAGUUCCCAACGAGACCCAGCAAUCCGAUAUCCCAAGCGUGGGCAACUGCAACGGCUAUCGGCCGCGAGAUGAGCUAUCCGCAACUUUAUGUCCCCGGCCGAUUCUUUUCGUGGGCAACGCCUCCGCCGCUGGGCCGUCUCCUUAUUCUUGGCGUUUAUUGGGCCGUCAUCAUUUACAUGUCGGUAUCCGAUGCCAUUGUCAAGGACGCCUACUUUUGGGAACGCAUCGGCUUCCGCAACGCCUGGAUGACAGUCAUGCAGGUGCCGCUAUUGUACAUUCUGGCCACCAAGGCGAGUGUACUCGGAGCAAUAAUCGGGUCCAGCCACGAAAGAUUGAACUGGUUGCAUCGCUGGGUUGCUCGCACCAUGCUGGUCACAGGCGCCGUGCAUGGCUUUUACUUUUACGAACAGUGGGUUAUUUACGACUUUGUCGAGGAUGAGCUGGAUAUGAUGCCCAUGGUCAAGUUUGGAUUCGGCGCAUGGGCGAUUCUUGCUUGGUCUGUCCUGACCUCCUUCUCACCGCUGCGCCAUGCCUGGUACGAACUUUUUGUGGCUCAGCAUAUCCUCGCCGCCAUCGCAUUCAUCGUCGUGCUGUUCUACCAUGUGCCUACCGUCGCGCAGUGGUACCUGUGGUUCGCCGUGGCUGCUAUCUGUUCUGACCGCUUUGUCCGUGGCGUCCUGCUCGUAUGGCAAAACAUCAAGUUCAAGCCCAACUCAUCCAAGUGCAAAGGCGGUCAGCGCAUUGGCCACCAGGCGCAGCUGCGCGCCGUCGGCGACUCGAUAACAGUGGUCACCAUCAAGGACGUCCACUUCAAGUGGGCUGCUGGGCAGCACCUAUAUCUUUGGAUACCUCGAGUCGGGCCUACCGAGGCGCACCCGUACACGAUUGCGUCAGCACAUCAGCUGCCAGACACGUGCAUAUGCAACAGCAUCCAACUGGUGGUGCGCAAACACAAGGGCUUCUCGAAAAGACUGCACCAGCACGCGGCUAGGUCACAAUCUCAAGGCAAAAGCAUAACUUGCACCGUAUUUGUAUCCGGGCCUUUCGGACGACCGCCGAGGUGGGAUGUUUACGAGACCUUGGUCUUGAUUUCGGCAUCUACUGGAGCCUCAUUUACGCUUCCGAUUCUGGAGAGCGUGCUGAGUACCAAAAAGACUGUGUGCACCAAGAGGAUCGACUUUUUGCUUGCGGCUAGAUGCCAAGAUGAGAUCGAGUACUACGUACAGUUGCUGGAGGAAUUUUCUGACAGAGCCAAGGAUGCCGGGAUAGAGUUGAGAGUGCAAAUUGCGAUAACAAAGGGUGAGCCAAUAGCAGAAGAUCCUCUGCGGAACGACGAGGGCGAGGGCGAGGGCCAUGCACUCUCAUCAUCGAAUGAUCAAAGACCAGGCAACGAGAAGGCAACGUCUGUUGAUAUCGAGCGUGCAGCGGACAACCAGCAGCGUCACCGGAUAUCAGCAGCCAGCAACAGCAGCAAUGGUGACUGCCGAAUCCACAAGACAUCCAUCAGGCCAGACAUUGCAAAUUUUAUCCGCGGACCAGUCGAGGCAACGGGCGGUGAGACGUCGGUUGUGGUUUGCGGAGGCAAGUCACUAGUUGCCACGGCACGGAACUGCGUGGCGCGUCUUUCGGAUGAAAGAGCGGUGCACAAGGGGACAGGGGCGCAAGGAAUUCAUUUGCAUGUGGAGGAAUACUCGUUUUAAUAUGUCCCGUCACGCUGCUUUUGUCUAUUUGUUAUUUAGCCGUCUGAUCCAGUGAUACCCAUCGUUGUUCGCAUGAUAUUGCGACUCAAGGAACCUCUACUUAUCUUGCCUACCUAGGUACUCAAGUAGUUGCUGCAGCUGUGUCCCACGUAUUGACUUUCCAUACCAGCAUGCCUCUUGGCUGCAUCAUGCCAGUGGUCGUUAUCUACAAAGUUGCUGUCA